GCCUCCUUCCCUCAGGAAGAAUUCAAAGGUCGCACCGUUCCCGUUCUUCUCUCGCUGGGUGAGACCUGAGCUGUGUGCAUCCAGCCGCGGGGUGUCGGCAGUGCGGGAACCUCGGCUCUGUCCAAGAAUUGCCACACUCAGAUACUAAUCUCAGUGAGAUAUUGAUGGUUUAUUGAAGUCCUGUUCCAGACUGAUCAAGAUCAGGGUCACAGAAAGGAUUUGGGAGCCUAACUGAUGCUGGGACUUUCGGAAAUCUCAGCAUGGUUGAGAUAGAGCAGGCCGAGGCCCAGCUCUCUGAGUUAGAUCUCCUGGCCAGUAUGUUCCCUGGUGAGAAUGAGUUCACAGUGAAUGACCAGCUGGCAUUAGCGGAGCUGAAAGAUUGUGUUGAGAAGAGGACAAUGGAGGGGCGCUCAUCACAAGUAUACUUUACGAUCAAUAUGAACCUGGACUUAGCUCAGGAAGCAAUGGUGAUGUUUUCUCUGUCUUGCAUUCUUCCCUUUAAAUACCCUACAGUCUUGCCCGAAAUUACAGUCAGGUCAGCAUCACUGAGUAGGUCCCGGCAGACUCAGCUGAACACAGAUCUAACAGCACACCUGCAGAACUAUCUUGGAGAUGUCUGCAUACUGAAUGCCACAGAGUGGGUGAGAGAGCAUGCCUCUGACUAUGUCGACAGAGAUACCUCAGUCUCCCCCACCAAGGACAGCACCAUCCAGCCAGUGGACCUCACUGUCACAAGGCUCUGGAUCUAUAGCCAUCAUAUCUACAACAAAUGCAAAAGAAAAAGCAUUUUAGAGUGGGCAAAGGAGCUGUCCCUGUGUGGGUUCAGCAUGCCUGGGAAACCUGGUGUUGUUUGUGUGGAAGGCCUACAGAGCGCUUGUGAAGAAUUCUGGUCAAGACUGAGAAAAUUAAACUGGAAGAGAAUUUUAAUUCGCCAUCGAGAAGAUAUUCCUUUUGAUGGUACAACUGAAGGAAUGGCAAAACAACAGAAAUUUUCCGUUUUUGAAGAAAAGGCCUUCAGUGUCCAUGGAGCCAGAGGAAACCACAUGGACUUUGGUCAACUGUAUCAGUUCUUAAAUGCCAGGGGCUGUGGGGAUGUUUUCCAGAUGUUCUUCGGUGUAGAAGGACAGUGACUGAGCAGGGGGUGGUCAGACUGCUGGGCCGCUGCUCCUCUUGUCAUUGCUUCUUCCCAUUCUAUAUUAAAAUGUGAUUUUAGUUCCA